UUGGUCUUAUCUUCGCUCUCAAGGCAACCUUGUCUCCAUUCGUAACCCCCCAUUACCCGUUUCUUUCUCCUACCUGGUUCGCUUACUAGGUUACUCGAAGAAUAUCUGAGCAGUGACAAUGGCGACUAACCUUGCAGAAAAGGCUAGAGAAGCAUUCGUUGACGACAAUUUUGAACUCGCUGUUGAUCUUUAUAAUCAGUCCAUUAAAUUAUGCCCUGAAAAUGCAGAUCUUUUUGCUGAGCGUGCUCAGGCUAAUAUCAAGCUCAGCAACUUCACCGAAGCUGUUGGGGACGCUAAUAAAGCAAUUGAACUGGACCGGUCAAUAGUUAAAGCUUACCUUCGUAAAGGCAUUGCAUGCUUGAAACUUGAAGAAUAUCAUACUGCCAAGGCAGCACUUGAAGUUGGUGCCUCCUUGGCCCAAAGUGAUUCAAGAUUCACCAAAUUGAUCAUUGAAUGCGAUCAGCGAAUUGCAGAGGAAUCCAUGGUUCUAAAUAAACAUUCAACACCAAAUGGGCAAGCAAGUACUGCACAUGUGUCUGUUGAAUCUUUGGCAGAUUCUAAAGAAGGGAGUAGUUUACUGAAUCAGAUUGACAUGACUUCAAAGCCAAAAUACAGACAUGAAUUCUACCAGAAGCCAGAUGAAGUGGUUGUGACAAUAUUUGCAAAAGGCAUACCAGCAAAAAAUGUUGCUGUAGAGUUUGGUGAACAGAUUCUGAGUGUUACCAUAGAAAUUCCUGGAGAAGAUGCUUAUCAUUUCCAAACUCGAUUGUUUGGGAAGAUCAUACCAGAUAAGUGCAGAUAUCAGGUGUUGUCAACUAAAGUCGAAAUUCGUCUUUCUAAAGCUGAAGCUAUACACUGGGCAUCGCUUGAAUAUAGCGAAGAGGUUACGGUUCUACAAAGAAUUAAUGUAUCAUCUGGAUCUCACAAACCUGUGUACCCAUCGUCAAAGCCAAGAUCAAGAGACUGGGAUAAACUAGAAGCUCAAGUGAAGAAAGAGGAAAAAGAAGAGAAGUUAGAUGGUGAUGCAGCUUUGAACAAGCUAUUCCGUGACAUAUACAAAGAUGCUGAUGAGGAUACGAGGAGAGCUAUGGCCAAAUCCUUUGUCGAGUCAAAUGGAACAGUGUUGUCAACAGAUUGGAAAGACGUGGGAAAAAAGAAAGUUGAGAGUAGCCCCCCUAGCGGUAUGGAUUUGAAGAAAUGGGAGUCGUAGAUCAUUGUGCACCAAAGCAGUAACCACAUUUGAUUAGCCUAUUAGACAGUAGUUUUUGGCCCCUGUUGUGCUAUGAGUUGGUUAUAAUGGAAUGGUGAUUUAAGCUACAUUAUCGAUGCAUUCAAAUUAUGUGUUUUUUUUCAAGUAUUUUUUAGUUGUCUUAACUGAACCACACAACAUUCAAAUACAAGUAUACAAUUUACAAUCA